AUGGCUGCCAAAAAUAACGUUUCAGAAAGAUGUGACGUUGAUUUAUCGAAUUUGGUUGAAUUAACACUGAAAGUCUUCGAGGAAAAUAGUAUUACUGCAAAGAAAUUGUCAAUAUGUCGAAAAACUAGAGAUCUGAAGCUUGGAGACAUGGUUAUUCCAAGGGGAAGCUGCAAUGAUGUCCCACAACAGGUCCUGGACAAACUGGCAGAGAACACAACAGAUCCGAAUUUACCAUCCAUGCUGCAAUAUUCUACAGUUUCUAGUGACAAAUACAACUCAGUUGUAUUCCAUGCCAAUAGACCACAGUCUUUUAAAAAUAUUAUUAAAAAUACUCUGACUGAAGGGGACAAUUAUGGAGAAAAUCCAGUAAAAGACUCAAAUAAAGUCGUUUUUAUAAAUUCUUUGUGUAAUAUUGAAGAAACUGAAAAUCUACCAAAAUGUUCUGGCGCAGAACUUAUCCGAAAUAUUGUGGUACUUCAACAUUUAGAGAGAAUUUUAGAAACCAAUGGAUAUAAGGUGUCUACAAAUGUUUCCAAAUCGCACCAAGAAACCACUGACAUUUAUGAAGCGUUUGGUGUAAAAUGGUCAGAAACAACAAUUGACCAAACAGCUUUCGACCAAAGUCUGAAAUCGACUGUGGAAAAUAUUAAAACUUGCCCUUAUCAGGAGGAAAUAAAACGAUAUAAUAUUUUAAGUGAAUCAUCGAAUUCCAAACAAUCACCUGUGAUAUUUAACUUAAGGAAUUUUAUUGCUGAAAAUAAUUUACCUGUUGGAAAAAUAGGCUAUGAUAAAAAUCUUUCUUAUGUUGAUGUUAUAACAGAUGAUGGUAUAUCAGAUGAAGUAAAGAAAGCUGUUUAUUUAUCAACAACAACAACAACAACCAGUUCUAAUACCCAGCAAGAUAUACACCUUCUUCAUUUAAUUUCCCAACGUCAAGUCUUUCUACAACAACAAAUCACUUUACUUUUACAGUAUAUUAGUACAUCUCUUACACAGAGUAUAUUAGUAUUUGGUGAUGUAACUAGUAGAAUUGGUUCUGAGAAUCAACAUCAACCAACAUUUUCUAGUCAACAACUUUAUAGGUUACGUUAUGAUCAGAUGUUAGAGUCUAGUAUAAUGAAAUAUGGAGAUGAAGUCAAAGAAGAGAAAUGGAAAGAAAGGAUCCAGUAUUUAACUGUAGCUGGUCUCAGGUUUGAAAUGCUGACCACCACUGUUCGAAAUAAUGUGAAGCUAGACCUGGGUGAAGACUGUUUAGACAAUAGAAAUGGUUCCUUUGUUCUUUAUAACUCUGCCAGAUUAUCUACUUUAUUCAAGAAUUACCAUGAAGCUGUUAAAAAAGGUCAUUAUCCACCACUGCCUGAUAUAGAUGAAGUUGAUUUUACUGCAUUAAGAGAAGAGGAGGAAUGGAGCCUAUUAUUUAACUAUAUAUACAUCUACCCUGAAAUAGUAUCAUCGUGUAUAGAUGAUUUAGGUUUAAACUCUACUAGUUUACUAGCUAAAAUACACAUACACAAGGUUGCCAAUUUUCUAGUGUCUUUCAGUAGAAGUUUAAGUUCUUACUACAGUCGAAUACAUAUACUAGUGGAUAAUAAAGCUCAUCUAAUGGGAACAAUGUUUGCCAGGUUAUAUUUAGUGAAAGCUGCUCAUCAAGUUUUACAGAAUGGUUUAAAAUUAUUAAAUAUUGAACCUCCAUCUCAAUUAUAA